GGUCUAACGCGGUCGUAAGAGAGGAAGAGAGACGUACGAGUAUGUCGUGUGCGGGCAAGAGAGAAGACGAUAGAAUCGAACGAGAGGGAGAAAGAAGGAAGAAAGAAGGAAGCCACGGUGGCGGGAGGAGGAAAAAUUAAAAGGAACGAGGACUGUCAGACACCUCGCCCACAAAAAGCCGAUGCAGAUGCGCCUGAGCGGUGAACACGUGCGACGCUGUUUUUGCAACAGGCGCGUUCAAACGCGGUGCGAUGUCCAAGAAAUUGUCUCGAAGCGACGCCCUCGAAAACAUAUCUACAUGGAGUACAAACGACGUCUUGUGUCUGCUACGGAAGAAUGGCCUGGAAGAAUGCUGUACGGCAGUUUCGAAACGGCAAAUCGACGGUGACGAGUUGUUGCACUUGACUGAGGGGAAGUUGGCUCUAUGGAAGAGUGACCUCACCCGUUCUUUGAUAUGGGAACUUCGUACGCUCGUUGAAAAAAUCAAGAAAUUCCCGGAGAAAUUUAUACAGGAGAAAAGCGUUGAAACGGAACAGAACGAGGAUCACAUGAGCGAUACCAGUUCCUGGGAUACGGAUUUCGAAGACGAGAUACCGGAAGACAAUCCUGCUUUUACCGAUACGAGAAACAUCGACGUCGAUCAAAUAAAUUCGAAUUACGAAAACGAUCAUACUAUUUUGAAAAAGACGAAAAACGUGAACGCGGACGCGCAAGUAGACGACAAUACGAAAAGACAAGACGAGGAGACGACUUAUGCGAAUUUCGAAUCGACCUUAGACGCGAAAACGGUUUACGCCAAUCAUCAAGACAACGUGACGAAUCUACCGCCAAAAAAUGUUUCGAGAUUGCAUGGAACGAUAGAGAAAACUUUGGCCGAGCAAUUGAAGGAACAAUUGCAAUUGAGGAAUUCGAAGAAACCUGUGCUCAGACCAAAACCAGAAUUAAUUUCCAAGAGGCUUGCAAACGUUUCUACGAUAUACAAACAACCGCAAAAAUCAUUUUUACACGAUGAAUCUAAGACGAAGACGAGGCCACCGAACGAUGUACAAAGAAGAAUGGCUGUUCCACCUCCACCGGCACCUAAGAAAAACGUCGAUCAAAGUUUUUCCAAGAUAGGAAGAAACGACAAGGACGCGUCGAAGCCGUCCAUUUCGAUUAGAAAUUUGGAUCUCAUUGCGAAUCUACCGACUCGGCAGGAUGAAAGCGAGGAUGAAUACGAAAAAUUCGACGAGCAAAUCAUAGAACAAAAUCAAAAGUCGAUUAUCUCUAGAAUCGACAGCAAACAGUCAUUGACCUGCGGUCCUCAAAGUUCCGUAGAGAGCGUUUAUCAACCGUCCAGUACGACCAGCUGCGAGGAGGAGGAAGAGCCCUAUGAAAUUUACGAAUCCAUUACGGAAACGCCUGAAGAUAACGAUAAUUAUUUAAGCCCCAUUCAAAAACCACCGAACAGUGGAAACACUCUACCGCCGCCGUUACCCAUUAAGCUGCCUUCAACUCCGCCUCCGACGUUGCAUCGAACGAAACCGAACAAUGCAAAUGAGCGUUCACCGGACAAAAAGUCAGCGACGCUACCACAUUCUGGUAGUAGUACUUCGUUGUUAAGCGAGAGAGCCACGAGACCAUUGCCACCACCGCCAGACCGAUUAUCUUACGUUGACAAACCUUGGUUUCAUAAUAUUACACGAGAACAAGCCAUAGCGCUGAUCACAGAACAAGGUACUUACGGCAAUUCACAAGAUGGAUAUUUUCUUUUGAGACCUUCCACAACAAACGUGAACAGUCCAUUAGCUCUGGUGCUUUGGUGCAAAGAUAGAGUUUACAAUAUUCCGGUUAGAAAGAGAUCUGACAAUAGGUAUGCCUUGGGAUCCGUGAAAGUAAACGAAACGUCGUUCUCUAGCGUCGAAGAAAUCGUAACGUGUUAUAUGAAAGAAGAAUUGGUCCUCUAUACGGGCGGUGUACAAACGGGAAGUACGAAAUUAACCGGUACACCGCUGAAAUGAAUAAAAAGGAAAUGUGUCACAAGGUGAAAUUCUUCUCCUCGAGAAAUUUAUACAAAUUGUGUAUUUAUCUAAAUCAUAUGUAAUUGUAAUAAGUACACUGCCGAAUAAUGGAACGCAUGCCGUGCCAUCGUUAACGUAAGGAUACUUAACAAAUUUUAUCUUUUUAAGAUACAUACGAUUCUGAAGUGCCUCUAUUACACGAAAAGAGAUACGCGUGUAUCGCGUAGACCCUAGUUUGUACGUAUUAUAUGUGUAAAAGUGAUUGCACGUUGCAUUUAGUGUGUGUGUGUGUGUGUGCGUGUGUGUGUGUAUUAUAUACAUAUACAUAUACUUUUUUUAUGAAUCUUUUUACAUAUCGUAAAGCGUUACCUUUUAGUAUUAUCAUGUGUGCCUUUGAUGAUACGAUAUAUCGAUUAAACCAAAUAAGAUAUGUAUCUUUACAAUUGCGAUUUACAAUUGUACUUUAUAAACUGGUAUUCUUAUUAAGAAAUGCGAAAGUAUCGUGAUAGCAUCUAAUAUUUUCUGAGAUUUACAACACACAAAUUUAUACGUAUAAGUUAAGUUAAAAUGUAACAAAACGGAUAUUGCAUAUUUGUACAAUCGUGUAAAAUGUAAUUCUCCAGUAUGUCUUGAUAUACGCGUUGGAUGAAACAUGGAAAGUAAAACCUAUGUACGUUUUCUGUUACUAAA